AUGGUCGAUGUUCAAGAAAAUGACUGGGAAGGACGCUACGACCACAUAGAUCAGAUACUCGAUGCCCCGGGCCCUCGUACAGAUGAAGGUUUCAUGGCCGGUGAUGGUGUCAAAGACUUCUUGAGAAAUCAAGCUAAGAUUCUCGUUAUUGGGGCCGGUGGACUUGGCUGCGAAAUCCUCGCCAAUCUGGCUUUGACUGGGUUCAAGGACAUUCAUGUCAUCGAUAUGGACACCAUCGACAUCAGUAACUUAAAUCGUCAAUUCCUAUUCAGACCUAAAGACGUUGGCAAAUCCAAGGCUAUAGUGGCGGCAGAGUUCAUCAUGAAUCGCGUACCAGGAGUUUUGGUUACACCAUAUUUUGGCAAAAUUCAGGACAAAGAUGACGACUAUUAUCUCCAAUUCAACCUAGUUAUCUGUGGUCUGGACUCUGUUGAGGCUCGACGCUGGAUCAAUGCUACUCUAGUCAAUCUCGUCGAUCCCGAAAAUCCUGAAAGCCUAAAGCCCCUUAUUGAUGGCGGGACUGAAGGAUUUAAGGGCCAAGCCCGUGUCAUUCUUCCAACUAUCACGUCCUGUUAUGAAUGCUCUCUUGACAUGCUGAACAAACUGACCGCUUUCCCCAUCUGCACAAUUGCUAACACGCCACGACUACCUGAACAUUGCAUUGAAUGGGCUUCAGUCCUGGAAUGGCCCCGAGUGCAUGGAGACAAGAAGAUGGACACCGACAAUCCCGACGACAUUAGCUGGCUAUAUGCUGUUGCAUCAGCGCGAGCAAAGGAAUUUAAGAUCGAGGGUGUUACUUGGUCACUGACCCAGGGUGUCGUAAAAAACAUCAUUCCCGCUAUUGCUUCAACGAAUGCUAUCAUUGCUGCAUCCUGUUGUAACGAAGCCUUCAAAAUCGCAACGAGUUCUGCUGCCUAUCUAAACAACUACUUUAUGUUGAUUGGUGUAGAGGGCAUAUACUCUUAUACAUUCGAGCACGAAAAGAAGAGUAACUGUCCUGUUUGUGGAGGAGAGUCUUUAUCUCUAUCCAUAAACCGUGAAAUGAUACUUGAAGAACUCAUAGAAUUAUUGACUGAGAGACAAGACAUUCAAAUCAAGAAUCCUUCGCUAUCGGCACCUACCAAACAAUUAUAUCUACGAGCACCACCGCAGCUAGCAGAGGCUACCCGUCCAAAUCUGCUGAAGAAAGUGUCAGAACUUAUCCCAGAUGGUGGCGAAGUCACUGUAACUGCUGGCACUUUACCCUUUAGUCUUUCUCUCAAUAUUUCAUUCAUUUGA